GGCGCCUGUCUGCCGGACAAAAGGCGAAUCUGUCUGACGGCGGAUUGAAACCCAAUUAGAAACAGAGGAGACAUUUUGGGAAAAAGCCUGUCAGUGUGGGUGAGUCGUGGCGCCGCCAGGCAGCAGCUACAUGUCGGAGUGAAGGCUUGCGGAGGCUCCGGCUCUGGAAUGAUCAGGAUGUUCCAGCAGGGUGAAGAGCCUCGUUUCACCAUCGAGCAGAUCGACCUCCUCCAGAGGCUAAGGAGAACGGGGAUCACCCAGGCGGAGGUCCUCCAUGCCCUGGAAACCCUGGACCACCUGGACCGGAAACAUGGACAUAAGUUGAGCCACAAACCUUCCUACAUGCCUCCCUCGUCUUCUUCCAGUACCGUCCCCGCCUCCUCAUCCAUGACUUCCGCUGCCACUCAGACGAGCUUCCCUGACAACCAACUUUCCAUGUCACCCAACAAUAACUUCGACACCACCUCCCUGCCUCUGCCGAUUCCAGUAGCCUCACCUGUCGUUAUGGCAGCGGUGGCUCAGAACGGCCUGGUUGCCGUCAGCAAUGGGAGGCUGUCACCGCCGCGGUUUCCUCUCGGCGUGGUUGGCGGCAGUGUGACUGUACCAGGCUACGGGUUUGAGGCCAGUGAAGAAGACAUAGAUGUUGAUGAAAAGGUGGAGGACUUGAUGAGAAGGGACAGCUCUUUGAUCAAAGAGGAGAUUAAGUCCUUUCUGGCGAACAGGCGGAUUUCCCAGGCCGUGGUCGCUCAGGUAACGGGGAUCAGUCAGAGUCGGAUCUCCCAUUGGCUCCUGCAGCAGGGAUCUGACCUCAGCGAGCAGAAGAAACGAGGCUUCUUCCGCUGGUACCAGCUGGAGAAGACUAACCCGGGUGCCACUCUGGCCAUGCGAGCUGCCCCACUGGCUCUGGAGGACAUGAUGGAGUGGCAACAAGCUCCGCCCCCAUUUGGCGCUGCCCCCGGUGGCUUCCGUCUUCGGCGAGGGAGCAGAUUCACCUGGAGGAAGGAGUGUCUGGCUGUCAUGGAGAGCUACUUCAGUGAUAACCAGUACCCUGAUGAAGCCAAGAGAGAGGAUAUCGCCACUGCCUGCAACGCCGUCAUUCAUAAACCAGGAAAGAAGCUGACUGAUCUGGAGAGGGUCACAUCUCUGAAGGUCUACAACUGGUUUGCCAACAGACGCAAAGACAUCAAGAGGCGCGCCAACAUUGAAGCAGCCAUCUUGGAGAGUCACGGCAUCGAGGUUCAGAGUCCUGGAGGUCAGUCCAACAGCGACGAGGUGGAUGGCAACGACUUCCCUGACCAGGGAUGUGAGGUUUCUUUAUUUGACAAGAGAGCUUCAGCCAGGCAGUUUGGGUUCAGCAGAGCCGACCUCUCAUCUCCAACACAGGUUCCCACACUGCUCCCCAGCUGGUUCUCCGCUCUGAGUAGAGCAGGCUUGUCCGGACAGAGGGGCACGUCUCUGAUUGGCCGCUCCCUAGUGACCGGGACGGGUCCGCAGGCAGAAGGAUCCAGAUUGACAGGCGUGUCCUGGUCUCCGCCGUCCCCUUCUCUCCAGGACGAACCCAGCAUCCACAGCGUGCUGUCCGAGCCCCAGGACCCCAUCGGGCUGGAGAAGGCUGCCAAUCUGGUGGAAGGGGCGGGCUGCAGCGUGGGGAAUGAUAUCAAGACGGAAAUGCUUGAGGAUGACUGAAGAGGGUGGUUGAUACUGGAGUUGUCAGAAAACAGGUGUGUUAAUAUGCAAGCGGAUUUUAUAGGAAUGUAAUAAGUGGAAAAAAAUGACCAAAAGUCGUGUAAACGCCAACCCUGAGAUACCUCCCAACCCUACCUCCAACCAUCAACCUGCUCUGCUAUGCUUCUAUAGGCAUUACUAGUGUAUUAUAACAAUGACAAUAAUAAUAACGAUUAACUUCUAUCUGUCAAAGUCCUCGUCAGAUGACUGUGAAUAUUUCAAAUGCCUUCAUAACAAGAAAAUCAAACAAAGAAAUUGAAAAACAUGACAAAUCACUCAAUUAUGAGGCCGAAAAUCCAGAGUAUCCUCAAAAGUAACGUGUGUUGUUUCACGCAUUAUUCUUUGUUAUUAAGGCAUUUUUAAUCCUCCAUAGAAGAGACUGACUUAGUAACAGGACUUGAUGUUUUGUGCAGAUUUCCUUGAUAAACUGCGUUUUUACAGACACUGUAUUCAUCACGGGAUUCAAAAGAUUUCAGGGUCUUGCACUGUGAUCACAACACAACUGAACAGCCUCAAAAAACGAAAUACAUGAUUUGACAGUUAAGUUCAUUUUAACUGCUUGUUUUAAAAUCAGAGUUAUGUAAAUCAUGUCAUCACAGUUGAUUACAUUUCACAUUCGCUGUUGAUUCCUUCCAGUGAAGAGAACAGCAGAAUAAGCUUAGUUUUUUUCAAGGUCAAGGUCACGUUACAGCUCCAGAUGACUUAAAAUGACCAGUUCCUCUGUCCCCCACCCUGAUGAAAUAAGCUCAACAUAUGGAAGCAAAGAAUGGGUACAAUCAUUUGAAUUUGAACACAUUUACUCCAAUGUUUUUAUGGUCACAAACUCUGAUAUAACUCCAGCUGUCCAGGUUUUCAGUCACUUGUCUGAGCGUCUCAUCCUUGGACGACAAACCUCAUGUAACACAACCUCAUUUCCUUGUCUUCGCUGCUUGAAUUUAAAUUUCUGUUUUGAAAUGUAUGUGUAAAAAAAAUCAAAAGGUGCUUUUUGGUGCUAAAGUGACUGAUUUUGAUACAAAGAAAGAAAGUAACCCAAAGCACUCUAUGGAAAAUGAACAAGCCUUUAUUAGUGUGGCUAAUGCAGGACAAAGAUAGAAAUAACCCGACAUGAAAUCUUUGCCAUGCAUUAGUAAAGGCUUUUUUUAUUUAUUCACACCAAGUGUGGAAGUGAAAAUGGGCAACUGGAAUUUUCCACUUUAUGAAAUAAUGAGUGAUCUUUUUUUAGAAUUUUCAGAAUUCUUUUCAGGUUUCUCCAAUUUACAUGGUAGAAAAUAAUAUUUUCUAUUACAUUUCACAAAUCAAAAUGAGCUACUGAAAUUUAAAAAAAGGAAUUCAAGCCCCAUGAGCAGCACCGUACUUCACUGCUCUAAAUCAGGCGGUAAAGCUGAAUGACACUCAGCAUACCUAAUUUUAAAGAAAGUGGAGAAAAAAAAUCCUGAUCCUAACAAAGUUUAGUAGUUGCUUCUUCCCCGACCCAUAACACAUCCUUCCACUAAGUUGUGUAGUAAUCUGUUCAGUAGUUUUUGUGUUAUCUUACUUACAAACAAACAAACAAACCAAUGCCUGAGGUGGAAACAUAACCUCCUCGGCAGAGAAUUCAAAUUGUUAUCGCCUCUUUGCUUCCAUAUCAAUAUCAAAUGAUUAAGAAAGAAAAAGUGACUCAACACAAAUGUCACAUGUCGCCAAAUACAGAUUUGUGUAAAAACUAGAAAUGUGAGCGUCCAGACGACCAAGUGUUUUCUAUUCAUUUGUGCCCUGUUCCGUGUCGGAUGCUCAGGCAGAAUGAAUGAUCACUGUGAGAUCAUCUAUAAUCAAUAGAAUCAGCUGGGAGGGUUCAACAGUUUAAUCAAACUGUUUCGAUAUUACAGAUUCAAGUGUAAAGUGAAUACAUGAAUAUAAAAGAGGCGUAUGUACGCAUACGUACACACAUACGUAUAUACAGUAUAUAUAUGAUAUAAACUGUGAGGGUGUGUGUAUGUGUGCCCGGAUCCAUUUCUAUUUACAGUAUAUAAACAUAUUAGCUUCAAAGGAGAGAAACUAUCAAUAUGAGUCUUUGUUGUUGGCAAAAGGUGAGUGAAGCUUUAGCCAAAGUAUUAAGUUGAAAGUUUCUGUAUUUCCUGAGUGUAUGAUCGUCCUGGAUGGAACUAUGUAUUAGAGAUAUGCUAAUCAAUGAUGCAUCAGAUGUGUCACAUUAUCGCAAAGCUAAAUGCAUCGUGUUCCUCUGUAGGUAUAUCUGUGUUCGUGCCCGAUAUGCCAUGUGUUCUAAACACACAUGUUCACGUUUCAACUCAGUUUUCAUUUCAAAUGACACUUUAUUGGAUAAAUGUCAUGGUGCUUAAGAGUCGCUGCUCGUCCAACACUUCAUGGUCAGUGUCAGUGACCGAACCCAGAGCCCGAAGGUAAAAAAAAGAUUAGGGAAACUGAGGUUGUUCCUGAGAAAGCUCAGAGUUAGAUUCUUUACAGACAACCACAACGAGAAGGCGUCUUUAUCUGAAAUAUAUAAAUGUUUGAUCACACGAGUCACAUCUAGAAAUAUUUAUCCCAGUACAGCCGCUGUAGAAGUCCCAUCUGUUCUCUGCUUUACAAUAAAAUCCUCAUGGGUCCUUGAUCAGGGGUUAGCCCUUUAGACCAGAGUCUAACUACUGGUUGGAUGAGAAAAUACUAAAUAACUAGCAGGAGACAUGAUUAUCUCAUCAUUAUUCAUCCCACUUUUGUGUCCAUGAUAUUCAUCUCAUCCAAAACACUUUUGUUUGGGUAAGAUUGCACAUGUGUUUGCCGUUGAGGUGACAGUGCGAACCACUGCCCCCCUGUGUCCCCCAGCAAGCAUUGUUAUUAUUUCUAUAAUCAUACAAUCUCCCCUAUAAUCCACUAACAUCUGGUUUCUGCAGUGUGAAUGGAUACAAUCAGCAUUCACUUCCUGGUCAAAUGACUCUGCAGUUUAAUCGGUUCUGACUCCAAUCGGUAGUUAUGGAGACACUUGGGUGAACCUGCUAAUUUGGUAAUUUGGCAACACAGCAAGUGAGAGAGCGCCUCAGUUGUUGGUGCCCUCCUUACUUCGAAAAUGACAUGGAAAAAAAACCCUCCUCUCAAUGGGAAAGAAGUCAUUCACCUUUUUUAACGGGUUUACCUGUUUUCUAACAAAACUAUUUAUACCUGCUAAUGUUGGUGUAAAAGAGAUUGAGGGUGUAGUGAGCCAGAAGCAAAACAAUGAGCUAAAACAGGCUGAAAGACUACAGAGUGGGAUGGUCCCAGUAUUCCACACGCUGGUUCCUGUUUCUAUAUCAAUUAGUGUAGCUUGGCUCCCUGAUGAGGUUUUUAAUUAAAAGAUUUUAAUGAUGCUGAUUAUUAGUCAACUUCAGCAGCUGAUCUUUGAUAAUUGAUUGUGUUGUUAUCAGUGUAUACAGCUACUUCUGUUUUAUUGUGUGACCCAGGUGUUGCUGUGGGGCAGCUGGUAGAAAGAGCUGUCUCUCUUUAGUACGUCAGCUGGGAUCCAGCUCCAUGGAACCAUGUCCCUGACGUGACAUUAGUUAUUCAGCACAUGAGAUGUACUGGAUGAUUUUAAGUUAAAGUGCCUUAUUUUUUACAGUGUACAGGAUCAGUGCAGGCCGGAGGUCUCCUACAGCGGCUGUAAACACAUUAUAAUGCUAAGCUAGGCUACAUACGAACAGUGAAGUGGCUUCAUCGUUGUUGAUCACCAGGUGCUUUACAGGCUCAGCUACUAGUUCAGAGUUAAACACUCGACACAUAUACCUCACUAACAAUCAAACUACCCCCCUAAGCUACAGUAUAAGCUACACCUCCUCCUCCUCCGCAGCUGCUGUAAUGUGAAUCAACGCCCGGGCCGCUGGGAAUUAAAAAAGCUGUAAAGACAGCACACGCUGGUUAAUAACAAACUUCAGUGUCCUUUUUAAAGGGAAAUUCCCUCAAACUCGAGCCAAUAAAUAUUCAUUUGGAAAAUAAAGGGAAGUUCCACUCCGAAAAAAAACAUAUAUUUGUUCAUCAGCUCAGAGUCCAUGGAAUAAAUGUAUAAUAGUUUAUUUUACUCCUCAUCCUGGUGGAGUCCCAACACGUAGUUAGUGUUGGCUUCAGACCGAGCGUCUGAGAAAGUGUUAAACUUAGUGGUGGAAUGUCUCUUUAGUUGUGCGGCAGCAGAGCUGUCCUGGUGUCUUUGCUUUAAGCAGUUAGACUCUGAGGCAUCACUUAUGUAGCUAUGUCAUCAAUAUAUGAUUAUUUACACCAAAAAUAUCGUACCAACCCCUCCCAGGGUUGGAAAUGUUUUUUUUUCUUCUUUUGAAUCUGCCAAGCAGAAGCCUUUCUGAAGUGAAUCUGUGGAUUUAUUUGAGACAAAGUGCUGUUCUGAGAUUAUUUCAGCAUUUGAAAUGCUUUAAGUUGCUGCCUUCAUGUUCUUAUCGUGAAGUUGUACUUUAGAGCUCUGAUGCAGAAAAUUGAAAGAUUGUCAAUAUCCUUGUUUUUGUGUCAUUACAGAGCCAAGAAAUCUGAAAGCAAAAAUUCAACAAAUUAAAAACAAAAGAUUUGACACGCAUGCGUAAUGAGGAACCACAAACUAAAUGAAACUGUAAAUGAAAACCUGAGACAAGCUGCUGUCUUUUUUUUUUUUUUGUUGAAAAGUUGUUGCUCUCAGAUUUUCUUCCUGCCUUGUUUGUUGCACAUGUUCUGUAGGUGGGUUUAAUCCACCUGCGUUAAUGUACAUUUCAACAUAAAAAAAAAUCUCAAUCUAUAAAAUUGAAAAUGUCUUUUCAUAUAAUAAAAAAGUUAUAUCAUAUUAUAUUUCCCUUAAAAACUCAAAGCAUUUUGCUCUUCAUGCUCCAGUCCGCAGUGUGUCAGACUUUGUCUCUGACAACAGCGCGUUUUCUUCUUCUCUCGUUUAAAUGCAGUUCUAUCUUCAGCCUUCAUUCCUUUGUUGCCUUUCUGUUUUGUUUUGAAACGGCGAGCAUCCUUCAGUGCUGAAUCAGAUCAGGUCCUGGAACAUGUGUAUGUGUGUCCAGGCAUUCACUGUUUUCUCGAUCACAUUCAUAAUUACACAUUGUCGUCUCUUUCUCAAUAAACACAGCAGAGUAAAUAUGUACAGGAUCUGAGAUGUCCUCACUGGCUCCCAGUAAAGCAGACUGGGCUGUAGAGGCUCCAUCUGAUCUGAGAUCUGCUGCCUGAACUUUUAUUUAACUGGGAAAAAGACAGUUAUUGUGAAGGCAUCCAGCUAAAAAUGUUCCGUCUUAAUGUUCAUUUAAUCAGCCAAUGACUGGAAAUGCGACUAUACACAUUUGAUCUGCUAUUUCAUUCUGGAAAUAAACUCUUGAAUAAUUCUGUGUAAUAAGAAAAGUAUCGAACCCUCAGCAGGAUGUUUGUUGUAGCAGUUUGAAUCUGUUUUUUCUUUUGAAUCCCCUCUCGUUCUCUUCUAUUUCAAGAUUUAGUGCCUUUUUUGGACGGUAGACUGUUCUGUAAUCGCUAUGUAGAAGAUCUACAUAUGCCUUUUGUUACUUUUUCAUCUGUUGGAUAAACCUUAUUUGUUAUUUUUAAGGUGUGUUUUUAUUGAUAUUAUAUUUACAAGGGAAUAAAAACUGAUCAGUCCACA